CCUGUACGCGGUCCGAGACUGCGCGGUCCCGGAGACUGCAGUGCUAGGUGGGUGGAAGUUACCCAGCCCCGGCGGACGAGUGGCGAGAGCGCGACUGGCUGCCUUGCCCAGGUAACUCGCUGUUCCUGGGUCUUCCCCCAGCCAUGGACAUGCAGCCCCCCAAUUUCUCGUGGGUGCUCCCUGGCCGGUUGGCUGGGCUGGCGCUGCCCCGGCUCCCCUCCCACUACCAGUUCCUGCUGGACCUGGGCGUACGGCACCUGGUGUCCCUGACGGAGCGCGGGCCCCCGCACAGCGACAGCUGCCCCGGCCUCAUCCUCCACAGACUGAGCAUCCCAGACUUCUGCCCGCCCGCCCCGGAGCAGAUCGACCGCUUCGUGCAGAUCGUGGACGAGGCCAACGCCCGGGGCGAGGCCGUGGGAGUGCACUGUGCCCUGGGCUUUGGCCGCACUGGCACCAUGCUGGCCUGUUACUUGGUGAAGGAGUGGGGCCUGGCUGCAGGAGAUGCCAUCGCUGAAAUCCGGCGCCUUCGACCCGGCUCAAUCGAGACUUACGAGCAGGAGAAAGCAGUCUUCCAGUUCUACCAGCGAACUAAAUAAGGGGUCUCAGCACCCUUCUGCCAGGCCCCCACUGCUCUGACCAGAUGGGGCCAGAGACAUGGAUGUGGACUAAAGCCCUCCAGCUCCCAGCUGGCUCAAGAAAUUGAAGUUGCCCUUCCCUGCAGGCAGAUCCUGAUUGAAGGAACGGUCCCUCUGCUGCUUCCUUGAAUAAAUAACUUACAAGAACCAG